AUGGACCCUCUGGUUUCCUGCAGGGCCAAAAGUGCUACUGAUGCAGCAUCUAAAAAUCUCAUGUGGGAUAUCAUGAAUGAUCACUGGUGUCCAUCAACCAACCCAGGUGGAUACGUGAACAUCGGAGUGGCAGAGAACUCACUCAUGCACGAUGAGCUUCUGAAAUUUAUCAAUACCAAGCUCGACUUGCCUGCCAAAUACCUUACGUACAACGAUGGAGGAGCCGGAUCUGCUAGAUUAAAGCGCGCCAUAUGCCACUUCCUCGACCGCCACUUGCACCCGGUGUCUCCGUUGACCCCUAGCCAUUUGGUCGUCACAAAUGGGGUUUCAUCCGCCAUUGAACACAUCUCGUGGGCCUUGGCAGACCCUGGCGAAGGCAUUCUGCUUGGACGGCCCUACUACGGCACCUUUAUUCCGGAUAUUUCCAUGCGUCCAGGUGCAACAGUCGUUCCUGUCAGCUUUGAUGGAGUGGACCCGUUCGGUAUGGAUGCUGUGAGCAAAUAUGAAGCAGCCCUACUGAACUACCAGCAGAACAGUGGGAAAAAAGUUAAAGGGUUGAUGCUUUGCCAUCCUCACAACCCUCUCGGCCGCUGCUAUCCCCGAAAUGUGAUCAUCGCAUUGAUGCAGCUGUGCCAAAAGUACCAAAUCCAUCUGAUCAGCGACGAAAUCUACGCACUGUCUGUCUGGGAGAACACGGUCGAUCAAUGUCCUCGUCCCGUCAAGUUCGAGUCUGUGUUAUCCAUCAACCUGACCGACGUCAUCGAUCCUCGAUUGGUACAUGUUCUUUGGGGCAUGAGCAAAGAUUUCGGCGCAAACGGGAUUCGUCUUGGUGUUAUUAUUUCGCAAGCCAACCAACCCUUUCAUCUAGCGCUGAAGGGAGCCUCUCUAUACUCCUACGCAUCUGGAAUCUCGGAUCACCUGGUAUCACUCUUACUAGAGGAUAUCCAAUUCACCGAUUCCUAUAUCCAGCAAAAUCAACAAAAGCUAUCAGAGGCCUACGCUUGGACUGCGGAUCUUUUGAAGCAUCACGGCAUUGAGUACGCGUCAGGGUGUAACGCUGCCUUCUUUCUUUGGGUCAAUUUGGGACGCAAAUACCGAGAAAUCCAUCCUCAUACAUCUGAGAACGAGGACACUGGAGAGAAGGUUAUGCAGCUGCUGUUACAGCACAAAGUUUUCUUGGCCAGCGGUGCCCUUUUUGGGUCGGAGCAGAACGGAUGGUUUAGAAUCGUCUUCUCCCACCCUCGAGAGUAUCUGAGAGAGGCAAUGCGGAGGAUCAUAGAUGCUGUCAAAAAUUAG